CUAGAAACAGGUGCGAAACGCAAACGCCCGCGCUGCGCGCUAAUUCGUUGCCUCUAGGUUGUAGCGCAACUGAAGCAAAUGCAAAUGCAAAGCAUGUUUGGUGUAGCCUCCUCUCUUCUUGCGGUAUGAUUUUUACUUGAGAAAGAGGAAGAUCGCGUUCUCGACCUGCACUGCUUAUUCCACACUUGGUCCCCCUGUGGAACUUCUUUCAGUGAGCUCCUCUUGGUGAAGCUCUUAGUUUCAGCGCAUGUUCAAGCGGCUUCUCUUGGUAUGAAGAUCGAUGAUGAACUGCCUUCACAGCCAGAGACUUUCCUUGCGACGAAAAAGAUGUCUUUUCACUUUCUCGACUUUAGUGCGAUGGAAAAUAUAUGAUAUCUUGCGAAGUUAAGUAUAAUAGAGCGUCGUAAUCAAGAAAGAAAGUCGUGGCUUUGUUUUUAUGACAUCAAAAUUUUGUUUUUGCUGGAAGAUAUCAAUCCUACAUAAAAAAAGAAGAACUAGAGGCUUCUUGCGUUAGAAGCGCCGUGGAAGAUCUCCUUGCCUCCACGACCAUCAGGGACAAAGAAAGAAAAUGGAAAUCGAUCAAGACAAUCGCUUCGGAUCCUACGCUAGGACGAACAACAUGGCCUCUACUUCGGCCAUGAAGCGCGGCGGAGUAGUUUCGCCAGGUACAGGCGUGUUAGACAAUCGAUUUCGGCCGCAGCUGAAGCGCCAGAAAACCAUUGACGAAAAGGAUGAGCAUAACUUGACGGGUGGGCCACCGAACUACGGCUACACAAGUGUGCAGAGCACUGGCGCGGUGUACACGAUCGGCGGAAGCAGCAGCAGCACUGCUGGUAGCUACGCGCCGUCAAGUACAACAGCAGGCGCCAACUUCAGUGCCCGCUCGCUCGAUGCAGCGAUGCGCGAACGAACCUACCAAGGCGCGGGAUCCGCGGGUCUGCACUGGUUCAAUGCCUCGAAUUCCAACAACAACAGUCGUCGCGGAUCGCAGGAGCGGUACCACACACGCAAUUAUAACCCGCCUCCGCGUGCCGGCGUCAAUAAUUUCGGGACCUACUCUUCCGCGAACGGAACGCACCACGACCUCCCGGGAGCUGCCCCCGCCAGUCCGCAGCGGGCCGGCGGGCGGCGAAGUGGCGGCGGUACAAACGGCCAACAUCGUGGUGGAAGUUACAACGGGGGUCAGCAUAGGGCGGUGAGUGACCUGAUUGGCUCCAUCUGGGAUGUCUGCAAGGCGGUCGAGUCUUGCGAUCUGGAAAACUCUGAGUUCGCAAUCGAUGCUCUCGCUGUGCCGGCCGUUCUAGGUAAUAUCAGGUUGCUUCUUGCUACUUUUGUUUCAUCGAGAAGAUCGGCGCGAGACCUGAAGAACUCUUCUGUGUGUUAUUUUGCUUUUUAACAAUUUUGUCUUCGUUUCAUCUACUCCUGUGUCCAAGCCUGUUUGUGUCGAUAACGAAGACCAAUGGAGGCCCAAACAGAGCGAAAGACAAAGCUAGGAAAAUUUUUUUCCUCACUUCCUUCACCGAAGGUGCUCGUGGUUUUCACACCAUAGCGCGCGCAUUUGGUCUGACGAAGUUGCAGCCCACGUGGAAGGAAAGCCGGCUCGGACAGCGAAGGCCGACGCUAAUCAGUUUCCGUCCUGGGCCUGCGUCAGGUGGUGUGAGGUGUGUCGUCUACGAAGAUGCGACGUUGUCUUCGUCCUCCUCCAGCAGUGCCUCUGCAAAGCGGAUGUACCCUCACACGACAGGCUCAUCUUCGUCGAGUUCUUCCGGGAGCAGUGGUAGGACCAAGAUUUGCCGGGAGGUGACCGAGCAAGAACUGGAAAAGUUCAUUGCGGUCGAAAACGAGCGCUGUGGCGAUCGCGUGCUGAUCGCCAGCCCGGUUCGCGUAGAAAUUAUCACGCCAGAGGUGCGUGACGAGAUCCAGAUUUUGGACCUCCCGGACUAUCCCGCGGCCGGAGCGACGGGCAGGCGGGCGCGCACCAGCAGUCAAUUCAACAUCGGAGCAGGCGCUGGCGGACGGUAUUUUUAAACGUUUUUUACGCGAAGGAAAGCUUGCUUCCUUGCAGAGAUUUCAUCCUUUUUAUUUUUUACAUUUCGACUUCGAGGUCGUGCUACUGCUACUGCUAUCGCUUCCCCUCAGGCUUUCCACCACAAUGAUAGAUCAGCGUGCGAGAAGAUGAAAAACAACUGAUGGAAAGUGAUCGUGAUCAAUCCUGAACCAAAAUUAUAAAUUCCCAAAUACAAGAACUUUUGAUUUUCGCAGGCCGCUGCACUCGCAGACAGGUGGCCACUACCCGUUCAGCUCUCAAAAUGCAAACGCCUUUGACCACCACUCGAGCGAGGUGAACGCUUGGCCAGGUUGGGUCCGCAAACUGUGCCGCGGCAAGCCAGUAAUCCUGGACCAGCCCGCCAGUCACGCUGAGCAGGGGAAAGAGUACUUUCUGCUUCCGAUACCAGACCUUAUCUACGACAUUUAUGGCUCAUCUGCCGAUGGCGACGCUGAUGUGAAUAUGGGCGGAGGAGCAGGAACAAGAACAGACGCGCAACAAGACCAGAUCAUGCAUGACCUCCCUGCACCAGAUGAUCCAGGUGCGAAUCCAUUGACGACACCACGAAUCGCGGACGCAGGAGGUGCUGCAGACGCGGACAUGAAAGACGUCGACGGGCAGGAUGGAAACCACGGCUCAUCUUCAAAGGGGGGCGCCGUAGUUGCUAAUACCGUCCGCAAAACGUCCAACGUCGCCAUCAUAAACGGCGACCAAGACGACCACGACGGUGGAGCGGCCGACACCGCACUUCAAAGCGGGCAAAUUUUCCGGCCGACGAAACGGGUUCGCUUCUUCAGCGCCCGGGACAGUUUGGUCGCGUAUCUGCUCGCUUACCACGAGAAAAACUUCGUGAACCGCGUCGCGCCCUUGUGGGGGAAGCUGAUGCACUCGAAGCUGCAGAACUUGGACCAGCAGCACCGCGAGGUAUUGCAGCUCGACCGGAACAUCGAGACCACUAUCAUCCUCGCACGCAACGCUGGCGCGAGCGUUGCAGCCUGUUCGUCGUUUCUGCUGGACGGCAGCAUACGACAGAACUCGUUUUCAGCACCAUCAUCUGGGCAAGGACAAUAUUCCAGCCGCGGUAGUUCAUCUCCCACGGUUGCUGGUCAAACCCUUUUGGAGGAGCUCGUGCAGUUUGGGAAGGACUUGGAGGAUGAGGAGCUGACAAACUAUGGCAACGCGAGCGAACCCGUUCAACUGCCAGAUUUGCGGUUCCAAACCUGGAGACAGUUGGGACAGUACUACGAAUCCCUUUCUACCGCGAACAGCGAGCACUUCUUCAGCGAGUCGCUGUCCGGCGGGGCCGCGCUGGCGCGCUUGCUGAAGGAGUGCGAGGCUAGUGUGCACUUCGCGCACCCCAAUCUGCCGAACAAGAUGGACGAGGUCUUGCAGUACUUGAAUAAGGAGCUGAGUCAGUGCGGGGGCGUCGGCUUAAACCAAACCACUUGGCAAGACGUGGUCACGAAGAUCUUCCAGUCCACAACUCAUGGCGUACUGCAACGCCAGGUCUCGUACGUCACGAAGAGGUUGCAGUGGUUUCUGACACGCGAAAAAUUUGCUAUCGUAAACUGGAUGAAGACCAUCAAGGUAUAAGCGAUGAAGUGAUUUCACCUCGUCGUGUUCUUAUUUCUAUCGUUGCUCUAGUACUCCUACUCUAAGAAUAUUCGCAGGCACUUCAUAUCGUUGCCAUGGAGAUGGAUCUCCGUGAUGCGCUCCCUUGCCAUGAUUUUUGCUGCUUUUUGUAUACAUCGAUGACUAUGAGUACUUAUGACAUCAGUCUACUUCCAGUGUCUGCUUGACACAUCAUGGAAAUGGCUCAACAUCGCAAAAAAUAAAAUAUCCAGUCGUCGUCAGACGAACCUUGGUAUAGUCGGCUAUAUGGGCAACAUGGGGAAUUGUUGGAAAAGCGUAACGAAAUCCGCAAGGCUGUCUAUGAGGCAUACGACGACGCCAUAGAGAAAAGCUGCCAAGCGUUUCAGCGAAUCGUGCAACAGAUGCUCUCCGCGAUCUACAACCAGCCCAAUGCGUACGCAUCAUGGUUUUAGUGAUGAAGUAGACUGUGAUCAUGCUUAUUGCUAAUUGCUUGACAUGCUGGAAUGUCGCGUUGUACGUGGUGCUUCUUCAUCUGCCUCGUCUCUGCCAAAAUUGUUGUAGUGCGAGUCUUCUGGUGACGAGCAGGGUGACGCUAUUGGCGCUAGCAUGUCUACGUCUUAUCAUGGCAAGAUGAGCACACUUACAGCCAGAUACGUGGUUGGCCCGAAAUCAUGCGCCCCAAACUCACAGGUUCAUUGCGAAACAGACGAUCAAGGAGAACGACAUAGACGAUGUGGAGGAGUUCACAAAUUAUGUCCUGGCCUACAUUCAGCCCAACGAGGAGACGGAGCAUCUUCCGCCGCAGCGGAAGAUCAUCCUGAAGCUGGAUCCUAAGUGCCGGCUCAACAUCACGAGGCAGAUUGUCGUGGACUUAACCAAGAAAAGAAAAGGGACCGGAUACUGCUGCGUGGUGGGCCGUAAUCCGACGCUCGUCACCGAACACAUCGACGAUCUGCGAAUUUCCUCCACACAUUUCGCGUUGUGCGUCCACCAGGGCCGCAUGGUAGAAAACUUAAGCUCAAGGACGUGUCCUUGGAGAAAGCGAGAAGCUCUGCUAUGUAUUCCAUUCCCUGAAGAGCGCGUUCAAGCUCAGGACGAUAGUAUUGUCCUUGUCCUGCUCUAACAAGUUCAAGUGAAUGACUUCUAUUCGAACAACGACCAGGUCAUGAAUGCACCACACCUAAGAACAUAUUACACCAGGUUCUGGCUGACAUGAGCAGCAAUGGGACUUUUGUGACCCGCGCCGACGGGUUGACUACCCGCGUCGGGCGCGACAGCACGGCGGAGAUUGCCAUCGGCGAGCGCAUUGGCGUGCUGAAUGGACCCAGCAUUCCGGAGGAGGAGCACAUCUGGUACACGGUGGAAGAGUACAACCCGGACGGAAUCAACCAAAGUACGAUCAUGCGCGGCGAACAGCAGAAUCCCAAUGACAUGGAAGACGUCUCGAUGGUUCAGAUCGACCCCGCGAUGGUGCGCCCGGUGGUCUUGGAGACCGACCAGCGAAAGCGGGUGCGGGCGGCAAUCACCCGCGUCCAGGCCGAAAUGGACGUGAAAAGGUAUAAAGUAGACGCUCUUCUUGUUGUCGUUGUGGGCGAAGCCGGUCCUCGUGAACUGUUCCAGUUUCAAAAGGUUCUAGUCUUGAGCUAUUUUAUUUCCAACAGUACUCCUACCGCUACUGUUACUGUAGCAGUAGCUACUUGCUUCGUGCCCAUGUGGCUUAAUACAAUCCGCAGCUGCAAAUACCUUGAUUCGUAGCCUUCCGAGUAUCUGAAGCUAGUAAGUACUUAGCUAUGUUGUAUUCCUAUUCCUUCCUUGAUCGUUUGACAUCUUCAUUUUCUCAAUGCCACAAACCACAAAACAGGAAAAGCAUGGACUCACUUAGCAAGCUGGAUCGUCGGUUUGACCAACAGGAAGUCGAGAAGUACCUCCCUGUUGCCGCGGACCACAUUCUGAGUGCCUUUCUGCAAAUCAAACGGUGGGUCGCGACGCAUGUUGGGUUGUUCGCGCAUGCAUUCCUUAUAAAACCACUGCGCAAUCAUUUGCUCGAGGCCAUGAGCCACCUAACCAUCAAGCCCUCGAGCAAAGAAAACAUCUCCGCAGAGGAACAGCUCUGGAAGGAACACGCCGCGCACUUGAAUGACAUCGAGCGGCAGCAGCACCGAAUCCAGGAGGCACUGGACGAUCUGCUUUUCCACCAAAGAAGCAUCUUACGUCGAGGCAAGCAAAGCUUCAACAUCUAAAGCUGCAGCAUUGAGGACGCUUCUGACUGCCGAGUGCAAAGUAGAGUAGGUUAAAGUUGCUUGCUCGUCCUCUCCAAAAUUAUCGUUAUUCUGAUUCCUUCACUGAGAAAGUAGUCUCAGAACGAGAAAGUAUUGAAAGGUAUUCAAGAAGUCCAGCUCGAGCCUCAUCGUCGCGCUCGCGGUCGAGGUUGAUGUAUUAAUCGCAUUUUCCGCCCGCAGAAGUAUACCUAAAGGUAUGCGUCUGUUUCUUUGCUCAGGACGACAUGUCGUCCUGAACCUGAUGAAGAUGUGUCGGGGAAACUGGAACAGAGCUGCUUCAGUACUAAUC